AACGCGUUUAGCGUCAUUGGAUUAUUUACCGUCCUUUAGGAGUAAAGUAAUCUCAGAGAAGUGUUCAGAGCGGACUUUUCCUUGUCUUCUUUGACACCUGGGUGUUUGGAAAAUGUCCGGGUUUCAGGAUCUUUCAGGUGUCCAGCAGCUGGUGGUGAAAGAAGAAGAGAUUCUCUGUGAGCAGCAGGAGAGGAGCUCCAGUCUGAACCAGGAGGAUCCACCAAAACCAGCAGACAUUAAAGAGGAACAGGAGGAACUGUCGAUCAGUCAGGAGAGAGAUCAGCUUCAAGGAGCACGGGAGGCUGGUAUCAGCAUGUCUACAUUCACUCCUGGCUCUGUGAAAAUUGAAGAAGAGGGUGGACGGAAAGCUCAGUUCUCACAGCUUGAUGAAGACCUAAGUGAGGUGAAUAGAGACCAAGAGUAUUUGAAAACCAAGUCUGAUGAAGACGAUUGUGGAGGAUCAGAAGCAGACAGAGACUUGCAUCCAGACGGUUGUUUAUUGCUUGUUACUCCAGACAAGACUUUGGACUUUUCUGGAUCUGAGACUGAUGACAGUGCUGAUUGGGAGGAGAGUGAUGAGCCUCAGGAAGAUUUAAACCCUCUGCAAAACAAAGACGCAGCUGUGAGUGAUAUGAAAUGUAACACUGGAGACACAUCAGAUAGCUCCUCUGAAUGUGCUCCAACUGUUGAACAGAAGGAACAACAGAUAAACAGAAAAGGGGAUAAACCAUUCAGUUGCUCGGUUUGUGGUAAAAGAUACCCUCAUAAGGCAAAUUUACAAUUACACAUGCGGCGACACGCUGUAGAAAAACCCUUCACCUGCUCAGUUUGUAAGAAAACGUUUAUCGGGAAAUCAGAGAUGGUGGUGCACAUGAGAGUCCACACAGGGGAAAAACCAUACAUUUGCCAAAUGUGUGGUAAAAGAUUUACACAAGCUGGAGCCCUUAAGACUCAUUCUCUUAUCCACACAGGGGAGAAACCAUUCAGCUGUUCAGUGUGUCAUAAAAGAUUUUCCCGCCAUGAAUGUCUUAAAGAACACUUGACUGUACAUACAGGGGAAAAACCAUUUUGCUGCUCUUUUUGUCAUAAAACAUUUUCCCAAUCAGGACGUCUAAAGGAACACUUGACUGUCCACACAGGGGAGAAACCAUUUAGUUGUUCAGUUUGUCCAAAAAGAUUUGCCCAACAAGGACAUCUGAAGCGACACUUGACUGUCCACACAGGAGAGAAACGAUUUAGCUGUUCAGUUUGUUAUAAACAGUUUUCUCAACGUGGACAUCUGAAGCGACACCUGACUGUUCACACGGGGGAGAAGGCAUUCAGUUGUUCGGUGUGUCAUAAAAGAUUUUCCCACCAGGAAAAUCUUAAGAGUCACUUGAAUGUUCAUACAGGGGAGAAACCGUUUGGCUGCUCAGUUUGUGGUAAAAGAUUUUCCCAACAGAGUAACCUAAAGCAGCAUUUGAACGUCCACACAGGGGAGAGACGAUUUAGCUGUUCAGUUUGUGGUAAAAGAUUUUCUCUCCAAGGAAAUCUGAAGAAACAUUUGACUCUCCAUGCAGCGGAGAAUCAAUUGAGCUCAUAAGUUUGAACUGAAUAUUUUCUCUCCAAUGAAAUCUGAAUACAUACUUAAACUACCUACAUAAGAGAGAAACCAUUUAGUUGCUGUGUUCAUGAUGUAAUUUUUACAUGGCUAGAGCAUUUGAAAAUCACACAUUUGAGCAAUAUCAGUGUCUUCUAAACAGCUUAGAGGAGCCACUUAAUCACUGAAAUCCUGUCUUUAUUUUGAUAUCUUUUAAUUGUUUGCAUCUUCUUCAAUACCACCGUAAUUUUGCCAAAUAUUGCUAAGUGCUGUGCUUGUGGUGGGUUAAUGUUUGAUCUUUGUAAAUAAUAUAGGUAUGGUCUAGGACCUGCUCUUUCUGUAAAGUGUCUUAAAAUUUGUUAAGAAAUGGCACUAUGCAAAGAUUGCCUGAAAACAUCCCCUAUGCAUACAGCCAGAGCUCCAUCACACACCCUUGAAUACUGGCUUAACUUAAUCAAUGACAUAUAUUGAACAUGAAAUAACUAUUCUUGGAGAUCCAAUAUUAGACUGGCUCACCUCAUCAUCCAGUAAUAUCAAAUUGCUCUUUUUUUAACCUUAAUUAUACCCAGCUUAUUUCACAUCCCGCUCAACUCAAUCUGAAGGAUUUAACCAAGCAAACUUUGGAAAAUAGAUAAAUAUACCUCCAGGGAAACUAACAACACUCCACCAACUGUUGUUUCAAAUCACACUUUUUGUUGAUUUUUUUAAAGACCUUUGACACAAUAGACCAUUAUCUGCUUUUAAAGCAACUAAAUAAACUAGUUAAUCAUAGCAAUAGCUGUAAGUGGUUUAAAAAUGACAGGCUGCAGUAUGCAAAGAUGGGCAUCCAUUUUCUAUACCCCUUAUUCCAUUCCGGGUCGGGGGUGGGCUGGAGCCUAUCCCAGCUGUCAUUGGGCGAGAGGCUGGGUACACCCUGGCAAAGAUGGGCAAUGUCCUGUUAAUUUUACAUCAAUGACAUUACUGCCUCAUUACACAAGUGUAAUUUCCAUCGCUAUGCUGAUGACACUGUUCCUUCCACAUUUGCUAAUUCUAUUCUUUAGGCUACCCUAAAACUUCAGUUAGCAUUUAGCCACCUUUAAAACCUUCUGCAAAACCUAACUGGUCCUGAAUUGGUCAAAGACUAAAUGGAUGUUGUUUUCAAACGACUACAAGGGUGUUAAUAUUAAAUCAACUGACAACAGGGUAAUAGAAAGGGCAUUUGGAUCGAUGAGAAAAAUUCCUCUAACCCUAACACAUUGACAUGCUUUUAUCAAACAUUAGACAACUUCUAAGCUUUCUUUUUAUAAAUGAAUCUUGCUCUCACCUGUUGGAGACUCUGUGGGACAAACAAUGUAAAACACUAUCAUAUUUUCUAGAGUUGUCCACUGAUCAAGCCAUUCUGGGAGCAACCAUGUGAGCGUUUAGCAACAUUUUUCUUAAAAAAAAAAAAAACAUUGCAAGUGUGAAGCUUUGUAUUUGGGAGGCAUUUCAUUUAAUGACUGGUCUUUAAAAGAUAAAAAGCUGAUGGCAAUACUUCUGGCAGCAAGCAAACAAACUAUCACUAGAAAAUGUUUAAAACCAGAAGCACCCACAAACGAAGAAUGGAUCAAUAUUGCACAGGACAUCUACAUCCUGGAGAAGUUGUCAUUUUCUCUCAAGGGUCAAAUGGAAUCUUUUUUCUCAGGAUUUGGUCAUAUUGGACAGAGUAUGUAAAACCUGUACAAACUGUAAAUUGCAUAUAAAUGUUGUAUGAAACCAUUUCUACAGCAUGAAUUUCUGUUUAGGUAUAUAUAAACAAACAUUUUUUUCCUGACAUAAGAAGAUACGGACCAAGCCUUCUCCUCCUGACCACUUGUUUUAAUUGUUCUUUGCUGCAUUAUUCCAAAAAAAAAAAAAAAAAAAAAAAAAACUGGAUUAGCAAUGAUCAUUCAUUCAACAACAAUUGAGGUGUGGAAAUUGAAUUGUGCCUGAAAAGUAAGUUCUGUAACAAUUGCCUUUUUUAAAAAAAAAAAAAUACACACAAAAAAAUGAAGUAAAUAAAUUACUUAAUCUUUCUUUCCUUUGUCUAUAAGGGAAAAGAAUAGUUGAGUGGUUUUCUG